UCUCUCCCAACAAAUGGCAUCCUCUGCUUCCUCUCGUUUGACCAUGCUCGGUCGCCUGCUUGCUUCUGCGCCUGCGAGUGCGUACUCGACCUCCGCCGCGCGCAACAAGCUCACCGACAUUGCCAACGCACAGCUGGCCGAGAUCCGCGCCGCUGGCACCUUCAAGGCCGAGCGAGUGAUCACCUCGCCGCAGUCCGCCCUCAUCACGGUCGCUUCGUCCGGCUCGCAGCCCGUCCUCAACUUUUGCGCAAACAACUACCUUGGCCUUGCAAACCACCCCGAGGCAGACGCAUACGAGCGAGUUCAAGGCCUUUGCCAAGCUGCACUUCCUUGUUCCAUUCGUGAUCGCUUGGCUUCGUUCCCAAAGCAAAAAAACCAAAAGCUCACUCUCGGUUUGCUUGUGACUGCUUUGAUUGUUUGAAUGGAUGAUUUGUCAGGUCGUCGAUGCUGCCAAGGAGGCGCUCGUCACUCACGGCGCUGGCCUCAGCUCGGUCCGCUUCAUUUGCGGCACGCAGGACAUUCACAAGGAUCUCGAAAAGAAGAUCGCCGCCUUCCACGGUCGUGAAGAUGCCAUUCUGUUCCCCAGCUGCUUUGAUGCCAACGCAGGCAUUUUCGAAACGCUGCUCACAGCCGAGGACGCCGUCAUCAGCGACGAACUCAACCAUGCCUCCAUCAUUGACGGCAUCCGUCUCUGCAAGGCGCAAAAGUACAAGUACAAGCAUCGCGACAUUGCAGACUUGACUGCUCAACUCGAGGCCAGCAAGAACGCGCGCAUGCGCAUGAUUGUCACUGACGGUGUCUUCAGCAUGGAUGGCAACGUCGCUCCGCUCAAGGAGAUUUGUGAUCUUGCUGAAAAGUACAACGCGCUGGUGUUCAUCGACGAGUGCCAUGCUACAGGCUUCUUUGGCAAGACGGGCCGCGGUACGGAAGAGUUCUUGAAUGUCGUCGGCCGUGUCGACAUCAUCAACUCGACCCUCGGCAAGGCCAUGGGUGGCGCUUCUGGCGGCUACACCACCGGUCCGCAGGCUGUGAUUGACCUGCUUCGUCAGCGCGCGCGCCCGUACCUUUUCUCGAACACGCUCGCCCCCGCUGUCGUUGGUGCCUCGAGCAAGGCGUUUGACAUUCUCCAGCGCGAUACGUCGCUCUGCCAGACUGUCGCCUCAAACACGACUCACUUCCGCGAGCGCAUGACGAAGGCUGGCUUCACGAUUCUUGGUGAUAAGCACCAUCCCAUCUGCCCCGUUUGGCUUGGCGAUGCUCGGCUCGCCUCUGAAUUUGCUGACGCCAUGCUCAAGAAGGGCAUUUACGUUAUUGGCUUCAGCUUCCCCGUCGUCCCCAAGGGCAAAGCUCGUAUUCGCGUUCAAAUCUCGGCUUCCCACACCCGCGAGCAGCUUGACCGCGCUGUGGAUGCUUUCAUCGAAGUUGGUCGCUCGCUGAAGGUCAUUGCUUAAAAGUCGCUGUGGCAUGUGAAUUUUUUUGGUUCCAUUCAAAUGCAAAAGCGCCAUCCAUUUCGUC